GUCAUAUUACUAAAAAACGAUACUAAUUUAAUAUAUCGAAAGUGUAAAUCUAGUGAAAUUUAAAGUUUAAGUCAUUCGGAUAUCGAUCCGUAGCCAAAUAAUUAGGGCAAAUAUUUGUGCAGUUUUUCGUAAUCAAAUCUCUAAUUAGGUGCGCGGUGUCACUAUCGUAUAAUUUUAAAUAACUUUCGCGAUAACACGCGAUAGCUGUAACGGCUUUUUAUCGUGUAGAAGUGGAAAUAUACUACAAAUAACACGCCCCCUUUGCCGAGAACACGAAAGUUGUUUGUUUUAUUUUUAAAAUACAGCACAAUGGCAAGUGAGAGCAGCUCCGCAGUGUUGGAGCUGAACGAUGCCGAUACUGAGGACACGGAGCCGACCACUGUGACUGAUGACACUCAUGAGGGAGUGCCUCUUAUUAUGGAGCAUGGACAUGACAUUGCUGUUAAGGUGGACGCGCCCAUGAAGCAGCUGUCGACGCUGGAGACGUUCGUGACGUACCGCGUGCGCUGCGUGUGCGCGCGCUGGCCCACGCCGCCGCACGUGCGCAGGCGGUACAACCACUUCAAGGUCCUCCACAAGCGUCUGUCCGCGUCGCACCCGCUGCUGGCCCCGCCGGCGCUGCCGCCGCUACACUCCGCGCGGCAGCAGCUGGACCGCUACUCGCCCGCCUUCGUCGCACUCAGGACAUGCGCGCUCAACGCCUUCCUAGAGCGAGUGGCGAAGCACCCGAUUCUAACACAUAGUGAAGACUUUCGGAUAUUCCUGACAACGCCUGAUGAAGAACUAGAUAAGGUAUUUAAGAGUGAGAACAGUGCGCUAAACCUGUGGGGGCUCAGCAGCGCGCUGUACGGCUCCGGAGAGGCCAAGACUGCUAACGGACCCAGGGUUAAGGAUCCAGAGUUCACCUCAGCGGCUGACUACCUCCAGUCUCUGCAGCAGAAGCUGACCUCGCUGUGCGCGCUCAGCGUCAAGCUGCAGAAGAAUACUCUCGCGUUGGGGACCGAGCUCAUGGGCAUGAAGCGCGCGUGUGACGCGUGGUCAUCCCAGUCCUCCGGACUGUGCGCGCUGGCGGCGGCGGGCUGCGCGCGGGGCGCGGGCGCGGCGGCGGGGGGCGCGCUGGGCGCGGGGGGCGCGGCCGGGGGCGCGGCGGGGGGCGCGGGGGCGCGGCGCGGGGCCCUGCGCGCGCGCGCCGUGCUGCCACUGCUGGCCGCGUCCGCCGCCGCGCACGUGCAAAAGAUCACGCAGCGGGACGCCAUACACGCUGCCUACGUAGCGGGUACGAACACGACAGAUGAUUUACACAACAGGUUAGAACAAGCCUCCGAAGCCUUACGAUCAGAGCUCUCAGAUUGGAUACCAAAAACGAGAAGCGAAGUCAAAUCCAUCCUUCUAGAGCUAGCAGACCGCCAGGUCAACCUGCACACACAGUCCGUCCUAGGCUGGGAGCACGCCCUCAAACUAGCCACGGAGUCACACAACGAAAUAUUCAAAACAGUAUCCAAAACAGCUGUUCAGAAUCUCUCACCGUCGAAAUGUCACACGGAAGUGACCCCGACGGAGACUGAACGCGACCUCGAUGACCUUAGCGAGGAGUUUGACGGGAAUCUAGACUUCGAUAACCACGCCUCGGAUGAUGAGAAGAAUUUGGAAGAGAACGAUUCGAAAUUGAGCCUAGUUUCAGAGUCCAGUAAGGAUGUGACGUCGGAUCCGUUGAGGGACUUCACCGAUGUUGAUUUGUCGUGAUCCUGCGAUACGUUUUUGGUUGAUCUGCUUAAGGGUAUUUGAGUUGGUUAGUGGUGGGUCCGGGGUUGGUAGGUCCGGGUUUGAUUCUGCCGCGGAAAACAUGGACAAGUCUGUUUGCCUUGCCUUGUAAUGCAGUUUCUGUAGGAAGCAGACAGUUAAGAUUUCUUACUGUUUUUUUUCUGAAAUAAUAAUUCGCUAGAAUAGUUUUUUAUUUUGCGAAAGUUUAUGAUUUAUGACGACACCUACCUAAAUAUGAGUAAAAUUCAUUCUAUGAUUUUUACAUGUCUUCUUAUCGUACAGUUGACAUACCCCCUGGUGUCAGAGUGUACCCCGCCCGUAGUCCUCUGACGUGACGCGACACACACUUGAAACAUUCUGAUGUAACUUUUACACUUAAAUUGGACUUUACCCCCCAUCCCCUCCCCUGGAUCCACCAAUAUCACUCUUACUGAGUACAAAAUUGUAAACUUAGGUAUUUCUACCUAUUAUGUAAAAUAUUUGAUUAGUUAGUCCUAUUGUAAUAAAAAUGACUGUAGGUG